UUUCGGCUGAUCUCUUUUUUCGACGCAGGGACUUCGCUGAGGCGGAGGAAAGUAACACUGAGGCAGCAAAGCUUUAAGUGGUGACGUUGCGCUCAUAUAUUAAGUAUCAUUAACGAUUCGAUCCCAUUGCAUAUAUACCGUCGCAGAAAAUGGUGAAACAGGUACGGAAGGUUAUUCUAGUGACCGGUGGCACGGGUUUGGUGGGGAAAGGGAUCCAAACUGUGAUAGCUCAAGAAGACAAAUGCCCGGAUGAAGAGUGGGUAUUCCUCUCGUCCAAAGAUGCUAAUCUACUCGAUGAGGCCGACACCCGACGCAUCUUUGAAAAGCAUCAACCCACUCAUGUCAUUCAUUUGGCCGCAAUGGUGGGAGGCCUAUUCCACAAUAUGCGGGCCAAUCUGGAUUUCUUUCGAAAUAACAUGAUGAUGAACGACAAUGUCCUGAAAAUGAGCCACGAGUUCGAGGUGAAAAAAGUGGUUUCGUGUUUGUCCACGUGCAUUUUCCCGGACAAGACCACCUAUCCCAUCGACGAAACCAUGGUCCACCUUGGCCCGCCUCACGAUAGCAACUUUGGUUACAGCUACGCCAAGCGGAUGAUCGACGUGAUGAACCGCGGGUAUGCUCAACAACACGGUUGUCAAUUCACAUCCGUGGUGCCUUGUAACGUCUUCGGCCCUCAUGAUAACUUCAAUAUGGAAAAUGGACACGUCAUACCAGGCUUAAUUCAUAAGGCGUAUUUGGCCAAGCGGGAUGAGAAAUCCUUUGAAAUAUGGGGUACUGGUAAACCCCUCCGACAAUUUAUCUACUCAUUGGACCUGGCCCGUCUCUUUGUGUGGGUACUUAGGGAGUACACGGAAGUGGAGCCCAUUAUCUUGUCUGUGGACGAGGCCGAUGAAGUUCCAAUCGGCGAUGUGGCCCAAGCCAUCUUGAAGGCGUUUGAUUUCCAAGGCGAUGUGAUCUACUUAACUGAUAAAGCGGACGGUCAGUUUAAGAAGACGGCCAGUAAUGCCAAAUUGAGACGAUAUCUUCCGGACUUCAAGUUCACUCCAUUCAGCCAAGCCAUCCAAGAGUCGGUGGACUGGUUCAAGGCAAACUAUGACUCUGCCAGGAAGUGAACAAAAACCCUGUCAUUGAUCUUCUUCGAUUUGCUAUCUAAUUGCUCGUGCACUUUUUUGUGAAUUGUGCUAGAUGAUUUUUUCUGUUACCAACCAUCGAUGUCUGCGGUAUGUGUUCUCUUCUCUAUGUUUGGAACAGAAAAAUUACAUGCCAGCUCCAAAUUGAAAAUUGCA